AUGGCGGAAGGGAAGACGGGCGGUGCUGGUCUCUUUGCCAAGCAAGUCCAGAAGAAAUUCAGCCGGGCCCAGGAGAAGGUGCUGCAAAAACUCGGGAAGACUGUGGAGACCAAAGAUGAGCAGUUUGAGCAGAGUGCGCACCGUUUCCAGCUACAACAGGCUGAAGGCCACAGGCUGUACAAGGAUCUCAAGGCCUUCCUCAGUGCCGUGAAAAUCAUGCACGAGAGCUCCAAGAAAGUGUCGGAGACCCUGCAGGAGAUCUACAGCCCGGAAUGGGACGGUCACGGGGACCUGAAGACCAUUGCAGAGAAUAACAACCUGCUGUGGGAAGACUAUGAGGAGAAGCUGGCGGACCAGGCCGUGCGCACCAUGGAGAAUUACGUCGGCCAAUUCGGCGAGGUCAAGGAGCGGAUCGCCAAGCGCGGACGUAAGCUGGUGGACUAUGACAGUGCCCGUCAUCACCUGGAGUCCCUACAGAACGCCAAGAAGAAGGACGAUGCCAAGAUUGCCAAGGCCGAGGAGGAGUUCAACAAGGCCCAGGCUGUGUUCGAGGAGCUGAACCAGGAGCUGAGGGAUGACCUGCCUGAUUUGUACAGCAGCCGGAUCAGCUGCUACGUCACCAUUUUCCAGAACAUUUCCAACCUGCGCGACGUUUUCUACCAGGAGAUGAGCAAGCUUAACCACACCCUGUAUGACGUGAUGAGUAAACUGGAGAAGCAGCAUUCGAGCAAAGUCUUCGUGGUCAAGGGUGUCACCAAACGACGGUCUCUGGUCAUCUCGGCUCCGGUGCGGCAGUCCUCGGUCUCCACCACCUCCAUGGAGGACAGCCCCGCCCCGACGCCCAAAACCCCCUCAUCCUUCUCCCUGCCGGAGUCCAUGUCAGGGCCUGAGGAGGAGGAUGAAGAGGAGGAAGAGGAAGAGGAGGGAGACUCCAGCCCGGCCCCUGGGGAAAACGACACUGAGGCUGGCCUUCAAGACGGGGAGAAGGCGGGGACCGAAGGAGAGGAGGAGGCCGCAGUCGGGGCAGAUUCUCCCGCCCCGGACGCCGGCGUCCGAGAGAAGCCGCGGCCGGCCCGGCCCACCUCGCUGCCGGGCGCCGGGGCCGCGGAGUCCCAGGCCCGGGGCCCAUGUUCCCCGAGUCCGGCGGCCCGCCCGUCCUCCGCUCUGCUACCUUCAGGGAGCGGCCCGGAGGGAGGCGUCCCGCCAGAGAGACCCCCACGUCUGCAGGCCCCGGCACCCCCCUGUAGCCCCACUCCCGGCCCGGAGCCCCAGGCCCGACUCCGGGAGGGAAAGGAAGUGGAGCGGUCUAGCUUGGACCAGGAGAGCCCCAGCAUUGGGGACGAGGAGAAGGAGGAGGAGAAGAUGGAAGACUCCCACAUGUCCCCGGCCGAGCCCACCCCGAGCCCUGCCAGCCCGAGCCCUGCCCGUCUGCCCGCGGAGGCUGAGGCCCAGGAGGAGAGCGCGGAUCCCUCCCAGGAGGAAGGCGCUGGGAAGGCCCCAGGCGGCUCUGCGGAGGAGAAGGAGGAGGAAGAGGAGGAGGCCGCGGUGGGACGGGAGGCCGAGGCCCAGGCCACGGAGCAGCAGCCGGAAAACGGGGAGCCCACCUCUCCCGAGUGAAUCGGGGAAUCGUCCCGAUCGGAUUCCUGAGCCACCCCCCGCAUCGUCAUGUGGCAUCCGGAGAGGGAUGGACGGACGCCUCACCCCUCGCCCCUCGCCCCCUCACCCUCUCCCAUUUUCCUGCUCCACUGGAGCCGGCCUGGUCCGGAGCCUGGGAUUGGGAAGGGAAUCUCCCCCCCCGGCUGCCGAAGUCACUGUUGAGUAAAUCGUCCUGCCGGAAACAGAGCGGGAAUCGAGAAGG